AAAGGUCUGAAGAGCAUCUACUUCAAGCACUCAUUAAUCGAGCCAGUUAAAUGAUAAACCUUUUGUGACUACUGUUUGUUGGGUGUUUCGGGGGAUGUCCAUCCUUGGCAAGAUGUCAGAAGAUACGUCUUCCUGGGGUGAUUUAAGACACAAGCCUCCUUUACCUUGAUUGGUGAGACGGACUGUAAGCAAGACAGAGUAUUUAAGGAAGGAAAACCAGAAGUCCCAGGAAGAAUUUUAGUAAGCAGCACCAUACUCCCUGAAAGGACCAACUAAAUCUUCUCCAAAGCUAAAAACAAAAACUGCUCUGGUAAAUUCAUAUCACAGGCUACAUAUUAUCAUCAUCACUUGCAAAGAACAGGCAAUGCCACCCGAAGUGCAAACACGAAUGAACGCUACUCCAAAAGUGGUCCAAGGGGAUCUGAAGAGCCUGGUACCUGAUGUGAGAAACUUCAUUGAAAGCAAUGCCAAGCUGUGCCAGCCAAAGGCCAUCCACAUCUGUGAUGGCUCAGAGGAUGAGAACAAAAAGAUCUUGGAGCUCAUGGUGGAACAAGGCAUGAUCAAGAAGCUUAGAAAAUAUGAAAAUUGCUGGUUAGCUUGCACAGAUCCAAGGGACGUGGCGAGAAUUGAAAGCAAAACUGUAAUCGUGACUCCAGAGCAGCGAGACACCAUCCCGAUUCCCCAAAGCGGAGUGAGCCAGCUGGGACGCUGGAUGUCGGAGGAAGACUUUGAGAAGGCCUUCAGUGUCAGAUUCCCUGGGUGCAUGGAAGGGCGCACCAUGUAUGUCAUCCCAUUCAGCAUGGGACCCCUUGGUUCUCCUUUAUCCAAGUUUGGGAUUGAGCUGACUGACUCUCCUUACGUGGUGGCCAGCAUGAGAAUUAUGACCCAUAUGGGAACAUCUGUCCUAGAAGCUCUGGGCAAUGGGGAAUUUGUAAAAUGCCUCCAUUCAGUUGGGUGCCCUUUACCAUUAAAAAAGCCUCUAGUAAAUAACUGGCCAUGCAACCCAGAUUUGACGUUGAUUGCUCACAUCCCCGAUCACAGAGAGAUCAUUUCUUUUGGAAGUGGCUACGGAGGAAACUCUCUUCUAGGAAAGAAGUGCUUUGCUCUCAGAAUUGCCAGCAGGAUUGCCAAGGAAGAGGGCUGGCUUGCAGAACAUAUGCUGAUUCUAGGUAUCACAAAUCCAAGAGGUGAAAAGAAAUACUUUGCUGCGGCUUUUCCUAGCGCAUGUGGAAAAACGAACCUGGCCAUGAUGAAUCCAACUCUGCCAGGGUGGAAAAUUGAAUGUGUUGGAGACGAUAUCGCUUGGAUGAAAUUUGAUGACAAAGGUAACUUAAGAGCCAUCAAUCCAGAGAAUGGCUUUUUUGGAGUUGCUCCUGGGACAUCUGUGAAAACAAAUCCCAAUGCUAUGAAGACAAUAAAAAAGAAUACCAUCUUCACCAAUGUAGGAGAAACUAGUGAUGGAGGUGUAUAUUGGGAAGGUAUUGAUCAAGAGCUUCCACCAGGAGUCACACUCUUGUCUUGGAAAAAGAAAAAAUGGACUGACAAGAAUGGGGAGCCUUGUGCUCAUCCCAAUUCCCGAUUCUGCACUCCUGCUAGCCAAUGUCCUAUAAUCGAUCCUGCCUGGGAAAAUCCAGAAGGAGUGCCAAUUGAGGGCAUCAUAUUUGGAGGACGGAGACCUGAAGGUGUGCCUCUAGUUUAUGAGGCUCUUAACUGGCAGCACGGAGUAUUCAUUGGUGCAACAAUGAGAUCGGAAGCAACAGCCGCUGCUGAAUAUAAAGGAAAAAUCAUCAUGAAUGACCCUUUUGCCAUGAGACCUUUCUUUGGGUACAACUUUGGUCAGUAUCUUUCCCACUGGCUCAGCAUGGCACAUCGGCCUACGGCAAAACUCCCAAAAAUCUUCCAUGUCAACUGGUUCCGGAAAGAUGAGCAAGGAAGAUUCCUUUGGCCCGGCUAUGGUGAGAACUCCCGGGUGCUGGAAUGGAUGUUUAACCGCAUCCAGGGAGACGACUGUGCACAGCUCACAGCCAUUGGCUAUGUCCCCAGUGACACAGGACUGAACUUGAAAGGCUUGGAAGGAGUCAGCCUCCAGAGACUGUGUGACAUUUCCAAAGAGUUUUGGGAAAAGGAGGUGGAAGAAAUCAAGAAAUAUUUUACAGAGCAAGUGAAUGCUGACCUCCCCUAUGAGAUUGAAAGAGAAGUUAUUGCAUUAGAACAGAGAAUUAAACAACUGUAACAUUGACUUGACACUGUAGACAGUACCUUGGAAAGAUCAAUGAAAGAAAUGUCCAGCUUUUCUAGACACUAGGUCUGGAAGUGCAAUAAAAUAACAGCAGUCACAGAGUUAUGGCCAGAACUAUCACUCGUGCAGUUUGAUUGAAGAGGGGUUUUUCAAGCUGCUCCAAUAUCACUUGACAAGCAUUUUAAACAGUGGUUAUAGAGCUGAUCAGCAUUAUUGCUUCAUACGCUAGGUUAAAUAAUCAGAACUAUUGCUUGAUAAGCUAGUCUGCUACCAUUGAUAAGCAUUGCAUGCACAUGUCAAGAAAGCUGUCCCAGGAUGGCUGUGGUUCUUGUAUAACGUCACUAAUGAUCUUCCAUAUGUGAGUUCCUCCCAUCCUCUAGCACUGUUUACUGUAGGAUGUAGAGAUUCUGCACUUCAGUUGGCAGAAGGUGAAAGAUUAAAACCCAUUCAGCCCAGCAGCUGUCCAUUUUAAUUUGCAACAACAUUAAGGUGAUGAUAAUGAAAUAAUACAUAAUAUAAUGAUGAUAGUAUCUUCACUCACUCACUUGUCUUCUGAUACCAUAUAAAAAUGUCCUUGAAGAGAGCCAACUGUUCCUUGUCACAAUGACAUUCUUUUUCUACGUGUAGUUAGUAAUACUGAAUAAAGAUGUAUAGACUUCUGCAUGCUGGCAGCAACAGAUGAGGGGCCAUCAGAAGAAGUAAUUAGCAACUACUGUAUUUCUUAAAAAUAAAGACAUUCAAGAGAUUACUACUCCAUUGUGUCACACAGAAAACCUAUCUGUAUGCAAAAUAAUAUCUUCUAUGUGCCUUAUGUUUUGUAUUGUGAUUCUGCCAUGUAUAGGGGAUCCUGUUGUGACUUCAGAAUAAUAAAAUAAGUGUUUUGGCUUCU